CGGCUCCCCUUCCCUUUUCAUCUUCAUCGUCUGUUGUUGGUCUGUUUGCGUUGUUGGUACAGAGUUUUGCAUAUUUCAGUAACUUAUUUUAUUUUAGAACAUAAAAGUUAAGUUAAUAAUCUAGGCCUAGGUUUGUAUUCAUUGCCUACACCUGCUAUUCAACUAUUAAGCGUCAGUUUACGAUACAGCUGAUCUACAGAAACUGUCCUAGAAUCCUGUAUUCGGAAAAUUUACUAGUGAUUGUUCUUGCUACUCAAAAGGUCAAGAUGCCUGCAGGAGGAGCUUUGUUUGGCAGUUCAGCAUCUCGCUCUCAAAGCAAGAAUCUGGUUGAAUUCAAAGCUGGAAAAAUGACAAUGAAAGGGAAAAUGGUUCAUCCUGACAAAAGGAAGGGUUUAGUGUAUGUCUAUCAAUCAGAAGAUUCAUUGAUGCACUUUUGCUGGAAAGACCGUGGCUCUGGAACUGUGGAAGAUGAUUUAAUUAUCUUUCCUGAUGAUUGUGAGUUCAAAAAAGUCGCUCAGUGUACCACGGGACGAGUUUAUGUACUGAAAUUCAAGUCAUCAAACCGAAAAUUUUUCUUCUGGAUUCAGGAACCUAAGACUGAGAAAGACGAGGAUAAUGCUCGUAAGAUCAACGAGGUUCUGAACAACCCUCCGACACCAGGGAGAAGCGGAGGAGUCACACCUGAUGAGAAUCUCCAGAAUCUGCUACAGAACAUGUCACAGCAGCAGUUGAUGCAAUUGUUUGGAGGUGUGGGACAGAUUGGAGGUCUCUCGAGCCUUCUUGGGACCAUCAGCCGUCCCUCCACCAGUCAGUCUAGCAGCAGUCGAGCAGCAGCCCCUGCUAGUGGUGGUACCACUGCAGCCAGCGCUACCACUACGCCUAAAUCUUCCACGGCUCCUGCGCAGCCCUCAACACCUCGGCCUAAGCCUCCAUCAUCUGCAGAGAGUGGCAGCACCCAGAAUCCCAUACAGCUAAGCGAUCUACAGAACUUCCUCUCAGGCCUGGGAGUUGCUGGAGCACCAGGGUCAUCAGCACCACCUACUGUAGAUCUGUCGUCUGCCAUCACAUCAGAAACACUGCAAGCUGUAGUCAACAACCCAGCUGUUGUAGAGGAGUUGUCACAACAUCUACCGUCUACUCCGGGUGUAGCCUCUCAGCAGGAACAUCUGCGUUCUACACUAGCCUCGCCGCAGUUCCAACAGGCUGUCAGCUUGUUUAGCACGGCUCUGCAGUCUGGUCAGCUGGGUCCAAUAGUGUCCCAGUUUGAGGUCGGACCCGAGGCAGUCAGUGCUGCCAACCAAGGCAACAUGGAGGACUUUGUCAAGGCUCUGCAGAACACCAGCCUCAACUCCAGCAGCAGCAGCGAGCCCUCGCAACCCGAGAAGCGCAAGAAAACCGAUGACAAGAAGGACGACGAUGACGAAGAUAUGGCUUUAGAUUAGUUCCCUUCUUGAUUUUUGUUCAGUUAUUCAGUCAUUACAGACCAAAUAUAAUACAGUAUGAAACUAA